AAGGAAAAAACUCUUGGGCACAUCUUUAGUAAACUCUCUACAUUUUGAAUUACAGCAUAUGCCUCUACUGAUUUUAGGUAAUAAACAACAUGAUGAGUAAACAUUCUAUGAGUAAACAAUGUGUGUGAUAAUCUGACAUCUUAAGGAGCUUUUAAAUACGGGAAGUAGUGUUUGUACAACUUGACAGCCGUCCACUCCGCCCAGCUCCAGCUCUCUCUUACACACAUACACACCACCAACUCAGUCAGUCGCUGUUCACUGAAGUUGACAACAGACCCACCUGAUAUUUCUGAGUCGAUACUGGGAGUUAGUGCAGGCAGUCGUACAGUUAACCAGAACCACCGAGGUAAGAAAUGUUCAGAGGCGACAAAAGCUGUGCAAGUCGGCUAGCUAAGGUGAACUAAAAUGGCCCAGGGGAUACCGGAUGAGGUGAUGACCAAUACCUCUCUGAUUAAAGAACUGGCAGAUGUGGCAAAAGAUGAAGCACUCCUGCAGGGCGUCCUGAUGAGGACCCAAGAGACCCCCAACUCAUCUGAGUUGGUGACCUACGCUCCGUUCACACUCUUCCCCUCGCCAGUCCCCAAAGCUGUGUUCCUCCAGGCUCUGGCAGUGCAAACUUACUACAACACAUUAGUGGACAAGAUCAGCCAGGACACAGACUUCCUGCAAAACGCAUUAGCAAGCACCAUUGAAGUGGAUGAUUUCACUGCAAGGUUGUUCAGGAUCCACCAACAGAUCCUCAAAGAGGGAAAGUCUCAGUCUGUCGUGCUGGGACUCAAUCGGUCUGACUACAUGCUGGACCAGAGCAAAGAUAAGAUGUCUUCUCUAAAGCAGAUUGAGAUCAAUACAUUUGCUGCAAGUUUUGGAGGCCUGUCGUCACGCACGCCAGAUGUACACAGACACAUCCUGAAAGUGGCAGGCAGGUUUGAAGAGAGCCAGCGCAUCCUCGACAACAACCCUGCAAUUGGUCUGGCUCGGGCAGCUGCCAAAGCCUGGGAGCUCUACGGGUCAGAGAGAGCUGUUGUCAUGUUCUUGGUGGAAGACGUCCAGAGGAACAUCUUUGAUCAGCGGUACAUUGAGAGCGAGCUGUGGAAAAAAAACAUUUCCACUAUACGAAAACGGUUUGAUGACGUCUAUAAAACAGGAUCUCUGGACCAGAACAAGAGGCUAUUUGUUGAUGGCAAAGAGGUUGCAGUGGUGUACUUCAGGAAUGGAUACAUGCCACAGAACUACAUUUCUGAACAGUCCUGGGAUGCUCGUCUUAUGAUGGAGCGCUCUCUGGCUGUGAAAUGUCCGGAUAUCAGCACUCACUUGGCUGGAACCAAGAAGGUCCAGCAGGUUCUGGCUAGACCUGGAGUUCUGGAGAACUUCUUCCCAGGUCAGCCUCAAGUGGUGGAGCAGAUCAGGGCAACAUUCGCUGGCCUCUACACUCUAGACAUGGGACCAGAAGGGGACAAAACCGUAGCAAUGGCUUUAGCUGCACCUGACCAGUUCGUCCUGAAACCUCAGCGAGAAGGAGGAGGUAACAACAUCUAUGGAUCAGAGAUCUGUCAGGUCCUGGAGGGAGUAAAGGACAAUACAGAGCGGACAGCUUAUAUCCUGAUGGAUAAAAUCAAUCCCACCCCCGUACAGAACUACUUACUGAGACGAGACGGUCCCCUCACAAUUAGUAACUGUCUCAGUGAACUAGGAGUGUUUGGAGCAUAUGUAAGGCAGGGUAAAGAAAUGGUGUUGAAUGAGUGUGUGGGUCAUCUGCUGAGGACGAAGAGUUCAGAGCACUCGGACGGAGGCGUUGCUGCUGGUGUGGCUGUGCUGGACAAUCCUCUACUCAUCUGAGAGGUUACUACUACCUGCAGAAAGUCCAGGUCACACUGCAGGUGCGACUGACUGCAUCAGACAAACACUGGGAGUUGCAGCUCACACCGCUGUAAUAUAAACACCAGACUACAAACAUUUAAUUACAUAUUGUAGUAUGAUUCGUCAGGUCAUACCCACCAGACUGAAGAUGUACUGUAGAGCUGGACAUUGAAGUUUAACGUUUUUCCAGACCCUCUACUCAAAAUACACGAGUUGUUUUUUAUAAGAUGUUUGAGCCUCAAAUGGCAGUUUGCUGCUGAUUCAUAAAUAGUUAUUUACCACAAUGACAAAAGCUAGAAAAGUCCAGGAAGAAUCCUUCAGAAUGGAGGAAAAAGAAAGUGUCCUUAAACAGUGUCUACUGCAACCUCCCAUCUGCACCAUGCUGAGUUUUUUUUUUUUUUUUUAUGAAUCCUGGAACACUUUAAAACAAACAGAAAAUGAGCUAAGAAAAUUUAUUAUUUUAAAUUAAAUAAAAACAAGAUCUUCAGACAUGUUUUUAAAAAAUAAAUGAAUUAUUCUAGAAAAUAAAGGGACCACUACCUAAUCAAGUGCUACAGUUUUAUGUCCUAAUAAAUGUAAUACAUACAUUUAUUUUUUUGUAUCCCUCCUACAUGAAGUAAAAACUACUUUAAAUAGUUUAGAUAGAAAAAUAUGUGCUCCUAUCAUCAUUUCAUCAGGACUUUUGUUGAACUCAAAGGCCAAUAUUUGGCUAAUGUGAAAGAAAUUCACUACAUUCAUUUCAUGGUAAAAAAUCAGUUUCAAUCCUUGUGAUUCGAUGACAAGAGUUGAGAAUCAAAUGUCUUUACUUGUACACCCAAAACAUAAAAAUAAAUAAAUUACAUUUCUGUAAA